AUGACUAGAAAAGACGGAGGAAGGGGGUCCCUCGACUUCACAACAGAGGGCCUCAAUGAGGCGCCGCCUCGAGUGUCGCAGGAUGAUUCCAACAGUCAACGGCCACGGGAACGACCACAUAUCACGUUCUCACCUUCUACUAACGACGUGCCGCAUUCACAACGGUCACCACCACCACCACAACAACAGCCACAUAGCCCCCGACGGCCUCGAGGGAACUCUCUGAGAACACAGCUUUUUGAGCGUCAUCGACAACAGCAGCAGCAACAGGCGCCAGACACGACAAACGACACAAGCAUGGAUAUAUCAGGGGAUUACAGCUGGGCUACGGACCCUUCAGAAGAUGACCUGAAGGAGGGACCGUACCAGCGGGAGGACAGUUUUGAAGAGGUGACUCCUCAGGACAUUGACAAGAGCAUUGAUGACUCGGAACCGUUAGCACGAACGUCCUCCGUUGGAAGCAAACGGUUAUCGCGUAUGGCGACCCAAUUUUCGACUACACCCGGCAACAUUUCAGAGCGGCUGCCAAACUACGCCCUGGAGAACAGCAAGCCCAACUCGUUCAAGGAAAACCUGCUCUCGUGGGGUCCACAGAAACAGGUGGUCAAGUAUUUUGGAAAGGUGCACGACUUCGUGCUCAACAUUCAGCAUCUGCCUCCCUCUCGCGAUGGCCGCCAGUUGCCUCUGGAGGUGCCAACGGGAAAGAGAGAGCUUCUGGACGAGCGACGAAACAAGAAGUUCAUCGAUAACGAAAUCAAGUCUUCUAUUUAUACACCGUGGUCGUUCCUGCCUCGACAGCUUUACGCCCAAUUCUCGAAGCUGGCCAACCUCUACUUCUUGGCCGUGUCCAUCAUGCAGAUGAUUCCCAGUUGGUCUACCACGGGUACUUAUACCACAAUCGCACCACUCAUGUUCUUCAUUUGCGUCUCCAUGGCCCGCGAAGGUUACGACGAUUGGCGACGACACAGACAGGAUAAGGCAGAAAACUACCGGUUGGCCAAGGUGGCGAUAAAGAGGGAUAAGGGUGGAACCAUCAGUGAGACCAGCAGCUCAAGAAACAUGGAACUUGACUCUUUCUCCUCUGGGGACUCUAUAUCUGGCGCCUCGCCAAUCGAGUUCAAGGAGGUUUAUUGGAAAGAUAUCAUGGCUGGAGAUAUUGUCAAACUCAAGCAGGACGACUGGAUUCCUGCAGAUAUGAUCGUUUUGUGGGCUGACGGUAUGGGCGACCAGGCCUAUAUCGAGACCAUGGCUCUGGAUGGUGAAACCAACUUAAAACCCAGAGAAGCUCUACCUCAGAUCCAAACGCAAUGCAGCACGGACGCGGGACUGGCCAAGCUCAACGGCCAUCUCAACACCGAGGAUCCCAACAUUGAUUUGUACAACUUUGAGGGUCGGUUGGAAUACGAGGGUGACACAUACUCGCUUGGACCCCAAAAUGUGGUAUACCGAGGCUCCAUUCUUCGAAACACUCCUAAUAUGCUUGGAGUGGUCAUCUUCACUGGUGAAGAAUCUAAGAUUCGAAUGAACGCCAUCAAGAACCCUCGAACCAAGGCACCCCGACUCCAGUCCAUGGUCAACAGGAUCGUUAUGGUCAUGGUGGCAUUUGUACUCAUUCUUUCUGCAUUCUGCACAGGUGCCUCUUCAAUCUACUACCAUUCCGAUGGUCGACACAUGUGGUACCUCAGAGGUCUGGAAGUCGGUGUUGUGCCCAACCUGAUGGGUUUUAUCAUCAUGUACAACACUCUGAUCCCCCUGUCUCUGUAUGUGGCACUGGAGAUUGUGAAGGUCUUUCAGAUCUACUUCAUUCAAUCCGACAUUGACAUGUAUUACAUUCCAUCCAACACCCCUUGCGAAGCCCAUACUGCUACAAUCAAUGAGGAGCUGGGUCAGGUGAGUUACAUCUUUACUGACAAGACUGGUACUCUCACUGAAAACCUGAUGGUGUUCAGAAAGAUGAGUGUUGGAGGGCGAGCGUGGAUCCACGAGCUGGACUGCAUGCUUGAGGCUGCCAAGGCCGCCAAUGCAGUCAAGGAGGCCCGAAACUCCACCGAGAUGAGUAAGUUGGCAGGCAAGGCAGGUGUUGGAGAUUUGUUGAUCCACAAGCCUCGACGGUCUCGAAAGUCUCUCCGAUAG